AAGUGAACAGAAAAAGACACUUUCAAUGUUUCAAACACGCUAUUCUUUUCACAUCAACUUUAUAUCAUUACUGAAAAUCUACUGAAAAGAAUUUUAAUUAGCAGAUAAAAUUUAUGAUACAUCUACAAUUUAGUGAUGUUGUUGAUGAGCAAGAAAUGAUAAGGAAUGCAGCGAUAAUUUAAACACUUACACUGUGAAAAAAAGGAAAGUACAAAGAGGGAAAAUUAUUAAACAUUCAAUAUAAAUAGAAUUUCCAAUUAUUCUGUGUGAAUUAAAUUUCUAUACGCAAACAUAUAAUAUGUAUAAUAAUUUAAUCACAAAGGUAUAACAACAGGAAAAUUAAAAAUAUAUUAUUCAAAUCGAGAUAUGAGAUGCACGUUGAACGACCGAUAUACCUGACUCCUCAGCAACAGGUGAACUGCUAUAUACACAGAGAAGUGAUCAUGUGCGGGAUCUUGUCCUUUGGGCUUCUGCAGAUCAGCGGGCAACUGGAAAACACUACUCUCAAUGUUGCCACAAAGAAAGUUCUUCUCAAAGAAGUCGAAAUUCUUCUUCUAAGGACAUCACUGAUUUUUCAACCGUGUGGAAUUUAACUGACACAAACAGAAAUCACAAAAAAUGUUAACAUUCCUAAAAUCCUCAAGUUUAUCAGUUCAUCUGAAGUUUUCCGUAUACUGGACAGUCAUCUUUGUUCACCUAUUCAAUUUUCAACAGUUUUAUUGUUUAACACCGUUGCAAAUAGAUCAGAAUACUGUAAACUCUCACAUUCUCUCACGUUUCAAACGCAUGAACAGUGAUACCUCAGAGGCUAAUCCUCCUAGUCCAUCUAAUAACAUGAAUAUUUUCUACCGUAUUCGUGCUGAUCGUAAAGGAUUAAUCACUUGUGAAGUGAACUCAAAGGAGAAUGACCUAUCUGUCUUGCAUACGACUUCUGUCAACCAAACUAGGGCAAGCUCUGAUUCAGUAGCACAAAGUAAACCCACAAGUACAUUAUAUUUGAUAUGUCCGCAGCUUCCAACAUCCAUUUGUUAUAUGGAUUGUAAUCCUAAUUGUGUGUUAAAUGAAAAUGGUUGUACAAUACCGCAUAGUGUAUCACAAGUUAUAGAAGGUUGUCAAUUUAAACGUAUCAAUGCGAACACAUUCCAAUAUCAAUAUAUAAUUAAUAUGGAGAGACUUGAUCAUACUGGUCUAUGGAAUUGUGAAUAUCGUGGACAACGUGCAGCUAGAUCACUGGAAUUACAGGCAGCAGAACGUCUACCAGAAAAGAGUCUGGACGUGAACAACAAUAACACUGACACUGAUAAUUUAAUAAAACAAAAUCCAAUUAAUAAAAUAAAUAAUUCGCUGUCUAAUGUUCAAUCAAAAUUAACCAAAGAAAAUUCACCUAAAACGAAAGCAAAGUUUAAAGAAACUCCUCAGAGGGUGACCGUUUUAAAUAAAACUGGUAUGUCGGCUAAAUCUCUAAAGAAUUCCACGAAUGCAACUGAAGUUGGGAAAUAUGACACUGGAGAGAUAAGUCAAUUCCGUUCAACUCAAAAACAAGAAAGUAGUCAAUUUCUUGAAUUCAAAUUAACACGUCCAGAACUUGUUCUCAGUUUGGUUGGAGUAUUGGCUGUUUCUUUAAUUGUCAAUAUAAUCUUAAUAAUUCGAUGUGUACUACUGAAAAGUUAUUUAGAUGACACAUUACAUGGGAAUAUUAGCUCAAAUCUAAAGUGUUUAUUAUGUCUACGACUAAAAUCUGAUUUGAAAAUGUCGAAUACCCUAGACAAAUCUUUGAACCAAUCAAAUCAUCAACCUAUACUAAUGACUUCAUGUCAUGUUGGUCAACUGAUUGAACCAAAUGCAAGUUUUGUGAAUUAUUCUACACAUAUUGAUGAUAAUUUAACUGAAUCAGUUCUAUUGUAUCAAAAUAAACCUGGAAGUUAUACACCCCAGGAAGGUAAUCGAUUAUUGCCUAUGAACACAAGUAUUAUUCUUCCAAAUCUUUUUCAAUCGACUAUAUCAACAACACCUUUACCGAGUACAACGAUAACAACGAAUGGACCAUUUGUAACAACUAGUCCUACAUUUCAUCACUUGGUUAAUAAUCCUCAUACAAUUAAUCCAAAUGAUAUUUUAAAGUUUCAUACACAGCAGAAUGGACACAGUAGUUCUGGAGUGUCGUUAGAAUCGGAUCCAGUUAGUAGUAAAAGGGUAAAUCUAUUCCAUUCACAGUCUGUUAACUAUUCUAAACUCUCGAGCUGUCAUCCACAGUUACCUGAAUAUUGUUUCCAGAAUGGAAAUAAUAACAAUAAUAAUAGUAUAAUUGGACAGAAUGGUAGCUUAAAUGGUUCUCUAAUCUAUUCAAAUGAUUCAAUAAGUCUAACAGAUACAACUAACGGGAACAGUGUUGUACCUCCUAAUCAAAUAAUAUUAUCACCACAAAAUCCUCAUUCAGCGUAUCGAUUUCAAUAUAGUUGUUCCGGUGAACAGUCAGAGAAGACUACAAGAAGAAUUGGAAGGCAAUCCCAACAACAAUAUGCCUAUUCAAAUGAUUACAACAGAAGUUCUCAACAGCAUAUUUCUUCACAAUCAGCUCAUCAAGAAGGAAAACCAAUUCACCUUAAAAGUGACCAAUUCACACCCAGAGAUACUGACAACGAUGAAAGACAGAACAGUCACGAUUUGAAUGCGUACACAUUUAGAAACAGUUCUACAAUUGAUUCACUGUCUCAUGGUACUAAUAAUUCAGGACAUCAGUUGGAUGAAGGUCUAACACUGCAUUCAGGUCAGCUGCCAACAUGUUUAACUCCUCUAGUAGUACGUUUUCCAUCUGGAGAAUCAGGUUUCCUUUUCUGCCCAACGCGUACAACAACAACAGCAUCUGAAAACUAUCCAUCUGAAAGUUUGUCUCGUAAAGCAAAUCGUAUUUCAAUUCAUGAUAAUCCUUAUACAAAAUCAAUUGACAAGGAAAAGAAGUCACCCUUUGGUGGACAUUUAAAUAUUCAAACUAACUUGGAAGCCAUUAAAUUUGAUAAUUUAAAUCAUUCAAGUCAAAUCUCUCAAAUUUCUGAUGAUGACACAAAAAUGACUUUUCUGCCUGAAAAUUCUAAAGAUCAGUCUUUGAUGUCUACAAAUAUACACGGAUUAAUUUUUAAUGGUUUACCCGAAUGUCAACAAAAUCAUAUUCAAAGAGAUUCAGUUAAAAAUUGUAAAAUUGCCUCCAUAGAAAAUGAAGCAGCAUUUAAAUCUCUAUUCAAUCGUCGUACAGAUUCCAAAGAUGAUGAUGAUCAUCAUGAUGACGCCAGUGAUGACGAUCAGGAAAUAAAUGGUAGUGAGUUAGUCACUCAGAAAAGCCUACAUAAAGUAAGUGGGGUUAAUCAUACUACGAGUAGUUCUGAUGAUGCCUUAAAUGAAGAGAAGAAGACUCAUCAACAAGUAUUGACGAAUUCUACAAUGUAUCCCAUUUUUUAAUUCACUGGAUUCAUUUCACUGUAAAUUUUACCUCCUUGAAUUACACAUCAAUUAAUUAAAUAACUACGUUAUCCAAUAUUCAGAUUUGACUUAAAGUUGAACUAUACUACUUUUAAAUUAAUUGGUAAAAACACAGAAUUACUCAGUGGGGAACACAAACGAAAAUGAUUUACCUGGGAGACUAUUGGUUAUACCGUUUUCUAUGAUAAUAUAUCAAUGAAAUAAGCCAACAAUUUGAUUCUACUAACUCGUUUUGAUGCUUGAAAUUGUAAAAAUUUACCACAAUAUUGCAUUUUACCUUUAAUUCUAACAUUUUCUUUCUGAAUGAUAUACACAUAUAAAAUGUUUAAUUUUUAACACGAAAAGAAGGUCUGUUUUGCAUAUAAACUGAUAUGCUUUUGUUAAGUAGCAAAUUACCAUUUGCAAUCGGGUGUUUUAUUCACGUAAAUAUUUUACCGCAGCAAGAAAAAUAUCAAGAAGACCUGGAGUAUUCGCAUGGGAUUAUGUACUACUGAUUGACUGAAAUGAGUAGUUGUAAACCACUGAUUUCAACCAACUGUUCCUGCUAGACAGUAGUAGGUCAUCUAAACACUGGGCAGCCGUUCCUGUCGUUUCGGACCAAACCCACCAUUGGUGCACCCGCUGUGACUC